CUCCUCGGCAGUUUUAAUUCUGGUGUUGAUUAUAAUGAAUUCGACAGGGUUGUAUGGACUUCUUCUUCUACUACUCUUCAACAACGGAGCGUCACAAGUGAUAAUCAAAACUCUUCCGGGUUAUUCGGGUAAUCUUCCAUUCAAACUCGAAACCGGAUACAUUGGCGUGGGAGAAAAUGAAGAAGUACAACUAUUCUACUAUUUCAUCGAGUCCGAAAGCAAUCCUAAUAUGGACCCUCUUUUGCUUUGGAUGAGUGGUGGACCGGGUUGCUCUGGUUUAGUUGGCUUCUUUUAUGAUAUUGGUCCAUGUACUUUUGAUGUCGAAAAUUUUGAUGGAAGCUUACCAUCUAUUAUCCUAAAUCCAUAUUCAUGGACCAAGGUUGCCAAUAUUAUAUUCAUAGAUGCACCUGUUGGAACUGGAUUUUCAUAUGCAAACACUUCACAAGGUUACUCUUCCUCAGACAUUAAAUCGGCAAAGGAUAUUUUCACAUUUCUUAGGAAGAAUAAUGCAAUGCAGUGGUUAUUGAAUCAUCCUGUGUUUAUCAAAAAUCGUCUAUAUGUUGCGGGUGAAUCCUAUGGAGGCAAACUUGUUCCUAUGGUUGCCAUGGAAAUAUUACAAGGAAAUGAAACAGGACUUCAGCCACAAAUGUCCUUCCAAGGAUACAUUAUUGGCAAUGGACUAACAGAUUCAAACAUUGAUUUUAAUGCACGAAUUCCAUAUGUUCAUCGCAUGGCACUUAUAUCCGAUGAAUAUUUUGAGUCGGCAAAAAUUAAUUGUGAUGGAAAAUAUUACAAUCGUGAUCCAAAUAAUCUACAAUGUACAUAUGCCCUUCAACGGAUCCAAAAGUGUUUAAGUCAUAUAAACCAAGUUCAGAUUUUGGAUCCAAAAUGUGGAAACAGAGCUCCAAAACCAUAUGAUUUUGGAUGGGAUCUAACAUUUUCGAAUGACAAUUCAAUUGACCACCUCGUCCUUCCAACUGCGGAUCAAGAGUGUCAUAAUCAAGAUUAUUCAGCAUCUGAUGUUUGGGCAAAUAAUCAAAUUGUUCAAAAAGCUCUUUAUAUUAGAAAGGGAAUGAUAACAAGGUGGAGAACAUGCUCCGACAGGAUAUCAUAUAAUCAGAAUGUAGAAAGUGCUCUCGAAUAUCAUAAAAUUUUGAUCAAGAAAGGAUACCAUGUUUUGGUAUUCAAUGGUGAUCAUGACAUGGCUGCACCAUACAUGGGUCCUUUAAAAUGGAUUCACAUUCUCAAUCUGACUAUUGAUGAUGAUUGGAGACCUUGGCUUGUUAAUGGCCAAGUCGCGGGAUACACAGAGAAGUACAAGAAAAAUGACUUCGAUCUCACAUUUGUAACAGUCAAGGGGGCAGGACAUACAGCAUCAAGUUAUAAGCCUAAAGAAUGUCUAACAAUGCUUCAUCGUUGGCUCUCUAGACGUCCUUUAUAGGCAUGGGUAGACUGGAAUGUUUGGGUUGCAUUUGUGCCUCAUCAAUCAUGUCUGAAAUGACUUCUCUUUUAUGCUAUAAGGAUUGUGGUUCAUGAAAGUUACAACGUUAGAAAAAUAAAGUUCUUCAUGUAUUGCUUUUUGUUUGUUUUGAAACCCACAAGUGUACGAAGUUGUUGACAAGAAAUACGUGAUAAGUUGAGUGAUUGUCCCAAGUGGAAUAGAUACCAACUUAAGUGUACUAGUUUUUUCAUCAAAUUUGAAUUAUUGUAACACAAUAGAGAUGAUUUUGUUGUAAUUACUUUAAGUUAUUAUACAAAUUAUGUAAAAGCAUUUAUUUUUAUUUA